CAUGUAGUAAGGGUAAGGCAUUCAGAAGGCCAUCAUCUAAAUCAUCGUUCGCAGUCUGUUGUUGGCCGUGAUCGGUGGUGGUGUGUAGUAGUUGUGUGCAUGAGUGUGCAAAACGCCAUGAGCAGUAAACACAGAAGUUACAUUUGCAGUUGUUGUUAGAAGCAGUGUUUAUGUUAGCAACAUGUUUUCGUGCUGGCUUUGAGUCAGAUAUUUCUAAUCAGCUGUUUCCCAGGCACUCGCCUGCCAGACCUUCGCUAGAGAUUAGGCAAGCCAAGUCAUCAUGGACUGGUUCAGGAAGAGGAAGCGAAAGAGACGCAAUAUACAUGAAGAACCAGACGAUUUGGAGACACCACAAGAAAGAAGGGCAAGGUGGAACUCUAUACGAAUAAUCUACUUCACAAUGUUUCUCAUGUCCCUUGGCUUUAGCAUUAUUCUGACCGGAGUUUGGCCGUACUUGGACAAGUUAGAUCCAACUGCAGGCAAAGAGUUCAUGGGGUAUAUUGUUGGAGCAAACCCCUUUGGACAGAUGAUUUUCUCCCCGUUGGUUGGUUGGUGGGGCAAUCGCCUGGGCUCUAUCCGCCUGCCCCUAAUGCUCUCCCUAACUGUGUUCACUUUGUCCAGUACCUGCUACUCCAUGCUAGAGAUAUUUCCAUGGUAUCGAAAAUAUUGGAUGCUUGGAGCUCGGUUCUUUGUUGGAGUAAGCUCAGCAAGCAUUGCAGUUUGCCGUUCCUAUUUGUCUGCAGCCACGAAGAUUAAGGAAAGAACUGCUGCUGUGUCCAUGGUAUCUUUGGCCCAGGUGCUUGGAUUUGUUGUUGGUCCAGGUCUUCAAGCAGUAGUCACUCCUUUGGGUGAUAAAGGUAUAUCACUCAUUCCUGGAGUGGUCACUCUUGACAUGUACACUGCAGCUGGAUGGAUUAACGUGCUAUUGGGUGUCUUUAAUUGUCUUUUGUUUUUACCUUAUUUCUUCCAAGAAAGACGAAUAGCAGCCAGGGAAGCAAUGUUGCAUCAUGGAAUGGAGUCAGAAGAAGAGACCUGGAAGCAAGCCCAUCCCGAUUACAUCUCCUCAUGGACUCUAAUAUGUGCUUUUUUUGUUCUGGUAUUCAACUUUGUACUCCUUGAAACUUUGGGUACAUCUCUCACUAUGGAUCAGUUUGCAUGGACAAAAGCUGAAGCACUUUAUUAUAUGGGUAUUCUGAUGUCAGUUGGGGCUGUGGUGGCCUGCAUAACAUUUGUAGCCAUUGGCCCUUUGUGCAAGAGAUUUCCAGAAAGAAAAGUUCUCAUGUGGGGUGGAUUCUUCUUUAUGGUAGUUGGGCGAGCUUUGUACAUCCCAUGGGGAAAUGAGCCACCCAUCAUUGCAGAAGAAAUAGCAGUUGCUCAGUUGAAUGAAACAUAUGGCUACGUAAACACCGCUGUUAAUGAAACUGAAAUUGUAGGCUGUCCUUCAGUUCAAAAGUGGUGUUACUACAUUCCAGCAAUGACCAUAGCUCAGUUUCUCCUUGGUUAUGCCUUUACAGCUGUUGGUUAUCCAAUUGCUGUCACACUCAUCCAGACAAUAUUUUCCAAGAUCCUUGGACCACGGCCUCAGGGUGUGUGGAUGGGGUUAAUGACAGGAGCAGGAUGUCUGUCACGUGUCAUGGGACCAGUAUUUGUCAGUUUUGUCUAUACUCGUUAUGGUACCAUAUGGACUUUUGGAAUUACCACAGCAAUGAUGAUUGCAUCCAUGGUGUGGCUUCAGCUGGUAGAAAAACGACUUGUGGCACCAGAUCUACCACCCGUUUCACAAACUCAUGUUGAACUUCAAGUCCUUUCUUCUGAAGUGAUUAAUGGAAAGCCCAGUUUAGAAGAAUAUAAACCUCUGCAGAAAAAGUCUGAUUCAAAUUGCACUUGAUAGGAAAAGAAAUAAUAACAAUUUCUAGCAAAUGUGCAGGGGCACAUGAAGAACAAGAUAUGAUAUGUUGUGAAAUACUUGUUCAAACAAGUUAGAAGUACUGUGAUAAAGAGAUGAUUUCUUUUCAAGUAUACAAUAUUAAUAGGCUGGAUCUGAUAACAAAUUUUAUUCACCAUGUAAUAAGUUAUGAAAUUAAGAUGAAAAUUUACAUAUAUUUUAUCUGGAGACUGUAUGUAUAAACAAAUCUGUAUAAGCCUUAAUUUAUUGAAAAUAUCAUCUUUCUCUUUAUUUAAUCUGGAAUGAUAGGACUCACAUAACAUUAAUAAUGUUAAGCUAUAUUUUAGAAAGCAUUUCUGUUAUAAUAAUCAUGAAGUGGUUCUGUAUUGAGAACUACAGAAUACCAAAAGGAGAGGUAAGGAAUAGCAACUUAAUAGAGAUUUCAACUAGAAACUGCUGUGAAUGUGGAUAUCAGUGUAAGUCUUAAAUAAUGGCUAAAAUUGCCUUUGCACUGCUCUACACUUCGGUCACAGAUGGGUUAGUUCAUAGUGAAGUCUGUGUUGCAGCUUUUUUUUAAAAAAAACUGUACCUUUAUUCAAAUGUCAAAGUACAUCAUUCCACAGACUGAACUGUUACUUGGACUGAAAAAAAAGGCUUGAGAAAGAUUUCUCAGAAACUUGUUUUGUCUGUAACAUUGUGGAAAUUUCCUUACCACAGGUAAUUAUUUCUUCAUACUAGGUUUAGGUUCUUCUGUACUGAUUAUGGUAUUCGGAAAAAACGAAUUAGACAUUUCAAUAUUUGGUAUUUCAGAUGAAAUUACUAUAUGUAUUUUGUUUAUGAUGUCUUUAUAAAUCCAUUUAUAGCAAUAACAAAAUUAUACGACAUUUGAAAA